AUCUACGUCCACGGUUCGUCGUACGAGUUACAAGAGAUUUACGGCAUCGAGAGUUGCGACAACGUCGGGCUGAGCUCCGCCGACGUCGGCGAGGAGUGCGUCAUCUGUCUCACCGAGCCUCGCGACACCACCGUGCUCCCGUGUCGCCACCUGUGCAUGUGCGCCGAGUGCGCGCAUGCACUGCGCUCGCAGCUCACGGGUAACGUCUGCCCCAUCUGUCGCAAUCCGGUGGAGAGCUUACUCGAGAUCAAAGUCGCCGGCGACGCCGCGCCGUGA